UUUGACAUCAUGGUGCAUUUUACUGCGGAGGAGAAGGCUGCUAUCACUGGCCUGUGGGGCAAAGUCAGUGUGGAAGAGGCUGGAGGCGAGGCUCUGGGCAGGCUCCUGGUCGUCUACCCCUGGACCCAGAGGUUCUUUGACAGCUUUGGCAACCUGUCCUCUGCCUCUGCCAUAAUGGGAAACCCCAAGGUCAAGGCCCACGGCAAGAAAGUGCUGACCUCCUUCGGAGAAGCUAUUAAGAAUUUGGACAACCUCAAAGGUGCCUUCGCUAAGCUGAGUGAGCUGCACUGUGACAAGUUGCACGUAGAUCCUGAGAACUUCAGGCUCCUGGGCAAUGUGAUUGUGAUUAUUCUGGCAACUCACUUUGGCAGAGAAUUCACCCCUGACGUGCAGGCUGCCUGGCAGAAGCUGGUAUCUGGUGUUGCCACUGCUCUGGCCCACAAAUACCACUGAAUCCUCUUCUCAAUUCACCAUUUUGUGUCCCCGGUGCCUUCCUUCUGCCCAUGGGGACUGGGGUUUGGCCUU